UGCAGGAGAGAGAGGGUUUCUUCCAGAGACUGAGCCAGGCUGUAGAUGCUGAACUUCCCAGUCUACAUAAAAUGCGUGAAAUUGUGCAUCUUCAGAUUGGCCAAUGUGGAAACCAAAUUGGAGCUAAGUUCUGGGAAGUGAUAAGUGAUGAACAUGGAAUUGAUGUCACUGGGAACUACCACGGUGAUUCACCACUGCAGCUUGAGAGAAUUAAUGUGUACUUCAACGAAGCUCAUUCCAAGAAGUUUGUGCCCCGUUCUAUCUUGGUGGACCUGGAACCUGGAACCAUGGACAGUGUACGAUCCAGCAAAAUAGGCUCACUCUUUCGACCUGACAGUUUUAUUCAUGGUAAUUCAGGUGCUGGCAACAACUGGGCUAAAGGCCAUUACACAGAAGGCGCUGAGCUGAUUGACAGUGUAAUGGAUGUGGUCAGGAAUGAGUGUGAGAGCUGUGAUUGUCUGCAGGGGUUUCAGCUCAUCCACUCACUUGGAGGAGGCACAGGAUCUGGCAUGGGCACACUCCUUAUCAACAAAAUCAGAGAAGAAUACCCUGAUAGGAUUAUGAAUACUUUCAGCGUAGUGCCUUCACCCAAAGUAUCAGACACAGUUGUAGAGCCAUAUAAUGCAAUACUGUCCAUCCACCAGCUGAUAGAGAACACAGAUGAAACCUUUUGUAUUGACAAUGAAGCUCUGUACGACAUAUGCUUUAGAACCCUAAAGCUCCCCAGCCCCACCUAUGGUGACCUCAACCAUCUGGUGUCCCUGACCAUGAGUGGUGUCACCACCUCAUUCCGUUUUCCUGGUCAACUCAAUGCAGAUCUGAGGAAGCUGGCUGUGAACAUGGUGCCUUUCCCUCGCCUGCACUUCUUUAUGCCUGGCUUUGCUCCACUGACAGCUCGAGGCAGUCAGCAAUACAGAGCCCUCUCAGUCCCAGAGCUUACCCAACAAAUGUUUGAUGCACGGAACAUGAUGGCAGCCUGUGACCCUCGUCAUGGACGCUAUUUGACUGUGGCAUGCAUCUUCAGAGGCCAGAUGUCUACCAGAGAAGUGGAUGAACAGUUGCUGGCUAUCCAGACCAAAAAUAGUGCCUACUUUGUGGAGUGGAUCCCUAACAAUGUGAAAGUGGCAGUGUGUGACAUACCACCACGAGGGCUGAAGAUGGCAGCCACCUUUAUAGGCAACAACACAGCCAUCCAAGAGCUCUUCAUUAGAGUUUCUGAACAGUUCUCAGCUAUGUUCAGACGGAAAGCAUUUCUCCACUGGUAUACUGGAGAAGGUAUGGAUGAGAUGGAGUUUUCUGAAGCAGAAAGCAACACCAAUGACUUGGUGUCUGAGUACCAACAGUAUCAGGAUGCCACAGUAGAGGUAGAUGAAUAUAAAGAGGUAGAAGUGGAAGUUAGCCAAGAACAAGAAACAGAUGAAAAAGAUUUUUAAUAUCAGAACACUAUACAAGAACACUUAUUGAAUGUACGUCCUCUAUAAAAAAAAAAAAAAAGCAGUAAUACUCACCUACGUAUCUGAAGGGAGAACUCUUAAAAGUAUCUACUUUUUUCUAUAUUAAACCAAAGCAUAUCCAAUGUAUAUACGAGUAUGAAGUAUAGUGACGCUGAAAUUAACACCCAUGGUGCCUUUUCCUCAUAAACAAUGUCUGGCACAGCAAACCCCACAAAAAUAACAACCAUGAGAGCAAGUUGUACUGUGGUCAGCCAUCUUCACAAUUUACUAGCUUUUAGAAUGGUAUAGUCAGAUUCUGAAUGUAGCAGUGUGUUGUGUGUGACAAAAGUCAUGACAAUGAGUGUUGGUGCAAUAUGGUCUAAACUGUCAUAACAAUUAUUUAUUCUCAGGUAAAUGCAGAUUUAGGUUUUUCAUUUGGGAAUUUGUGAUUUUUAGAAGCAUACAUGUGUAUUUACCCAUCAGGUUAUAACAGUAUGUACCUAUUUUGUUCUGCACUCCAAUCAUCAAGUUGAAUCAGUAUCUGUUAAGGAGUGUAGAAAAAAGUUUUAAGGUACCUUCUAAAACUUUUCUUAAUAGACUGAAAGAGUAUUAACCAAUAGAAUCACUUUCUUUUUGUUUUAUAUUAUGGAAGAUUUUUUUUGUAUUCACAAUGUUUUUAUAUUUCAUCGUCAAUUAAAUAUUUAGAGUGGUUUAUAUUAGCUCAGUUUUGUGAACUUUAUCUAGAAGUUUAUUUUGGUGCCCUCCCUCUCCCUUUAUAUAGGGUAUUUAUAACUUUCCCUCUUAUUGUUUCAUACAGUGAACUAAAUAGAAUGGUUUGCAGCUAGUUUGAGAUGUAAUCCCAAUGUUACAAUUCAGUUUACAAAAUUUAGGAAAGUUAAAAACAACAAUGCAUCUCACUCAAAGACCGAUCCUGUUGCUAGCCAUUGUGGUGGUGUUAUCCAUUCAACACUAUAAUAUAGCAAUUAUUACUGUGGUGUUUUGAUGUUUCCUGAAUCAUUCCCUCACUUUAAACGAAUAUGUAACAGUUUACUCAAAUAAUUUCUAACUACUUUACAAAACUUUUUUGAAAAUAUUUUUCCUUGUCUAUCAAAUGUGCUUCAUUAAAAGUUAAAUCUCAUACAAAUGUUUAUGUUCCAGACAAAUUUGAGCUUUUUUAAGUUAUGCAUUAUUUAAAAUAAAAAGAAAAGACAAAAUUGUUAGGUCAUUUAUUUCCCAUCCUUUCAAGCUCUAACUUUGCCACUUGCUUGGAGAUGAAAUAAUUAACCUUUUCUAGGGUAGAACCUUAAAAGAUGAAUGCAGGUCCCAUUAAUAUGCAAUUCCACUUAACACAUGGACACUUUAAAAUCUUACAGCCACUGGAUAUUAGAAUCAACUAUAGAAUCAUAGUUCAGUUGUGUAUGUUCUGAAAGUAUUUUUAAAAAUGUGAUUUCAUCUAUCUUUUUAUGGGCUGUACCAACGCAACUGACUACAUUCUCUUCCAGUGAGAGGUGAAUGGCAAGGUGACUUAAAUAAGUCUUGCUAUGCAAAUGGGUUAUAACUACAUAUGUAGAUUACUCAAUCCCCACUAUGAUGGUAAGCCCCAUCAUGAAUGGAUAAAAGAGACAUUUAUUUUUCUCAGCCCAAACCACAAAACGUGGUUACUACUUAUCUGGGAAAUAAGGCAAUUGAGGCAGUUAUCUGUGGAAGAGCCAGGUCUGACCUAUUUAUAGGAGUCUCUUGCGUCAAAUGCAGACAACAUAGUCCACAGCAUUCCCUCUGUCAGAAAAGGGUCAUUAAAAACAAAAGGUGAGAUUUUCAAAUGAUCCUGAUUUAGGUGCACAAGUCUCAAUGACUUGGGAGGAAUCGCAACUUUAACCCAGUUUGAUCAGUACAUUGAACACAGUGUGUCUUGUCUACAUUAGGCUUUUCAAACAUGUUAGCUAGCACAUAUUAGCAAACAUCACACAUUUACAUCCUCAGCUAGAAAAGGUUUUAGGCUGUUUGGAAAAUCCCAGCCAAAGUGUUUCUCUCUGAGCACUAAACUUUAUCACUCAUACUCACUCCCAACUCAGAAACCCAAUCUGUAGCUUUCAGAGUAGCAGCCGUGUUAGUCUGUAUCCGCAAAAAGAACAGGAGUACUUGUGGCACCUUAGAGACUAACAAA